ACACCUGUCAGGUGGAUUGAUUAUCUUGGCAAAGGAGAAAUGCUCUCUAACAGGGAUGUAAGCAAAUUUGUGCAUAACGUUUUAGAGAAAUACGCGUUUUGUGCAUAUGGGACAUUUCUGAGAUCUUUUGGUUCAGCUCAUGAAACAAACACUUUAUGUUGCGUUUUUAUUUUUGGAGUCUAUGUGUCCUGUUUAACUUCGAUUCCCAGAAACCAUUGCUAGCAUUUCACUGCUCAUGGCAUCAAGCUUUGUGGGACCAGCUUAAGCGACUUCAGUUGCGACACGGUGAAGCAGCUGCUGUAGGAGGGGAGAUCUUUCUCUACUCUCUCGGACAGUCGUUCAUUUGUUUGUGAUUUCUAGUUUGCUUUGACUAUAAACAUUUCCGUUGCUCAAAUCUGGCUUUGAGUCAAUGAGGAAGCGUUCCGUUGCCCUCCAGGGGAAGAUCAACAACAGAUUCGCGAGAAAUGCUAGCAAGCUAGCGUUGGGUUGGUUGUAAGCGAGAUUUAUGGGUUUGUUCGAUCACAGUGGAAGAGAAGCGAACGUAAUAACAGCGGAGAAUUGUUGAGACUUUGUGGGGAAACGAGUGAACAAUCAAACGGUUUCUGGGAGGGUGAUUUAAGUAGCUAGCUAGCUACAUUUUAUAUAAAAAGCUCUAGAUAGGUAUUUUAAACAGAUCGUCGCGGAAUAUGGCUCAGCAUGGACAUCAUCAUGUAGCCAGUUCCCAAAAAGCACUCAUGCUAGAAAUGAAAAGUCUUCAAGAGGAGCCAGUUGAAGGGUUCAGGAUAACUUUAGUGGACGAAUCGGACUUGUACAACUGGGAAGUUGCUAUAUUUGGACCCCCAAAUACUCACUACGAGGGAGGUUAUUUUAAGGCUCGGAUCAAGUUCCCCAUUGACUAUCCCUACUCUCCUCCGGCCUUCCGCUUCCUCACCAAGAUGUGGCACCCCAACAUCUAUGAGAAUGGGGACGUGUGCAUCUCCAUCCUGCACCCCCCUGUGGACGACCCCCAGAGUGGAGAACUGGCUUCUGAGAGAUGGAACCCCACGCAGAACGUCAGGACGAUCCUGCUGAGUGUGAUCUCUCUGCUCAACGAGCCCAACACCUUCUCCCCAGCCAACGUGGACGCCUCCGUCAUGUACCGCAAGUGGAGAGACAGUAAGGGCAAGGAUAGAGAGUACGCAGAGAUCAUCAGGAAGCAGGUCCACGCCACCAAAGCAGACGCUGAGCGCGACGGUGUGAAGGUGCCCACAACCCUGGCAGAGUAUUGCGUCCGCACCCGCGCCCCGCCCCCCGAUGAGGGCUCCAACCUCUUCUACGACGAUUACUAUGACGACGAGGACCUGGAGGACGAAGAUGAGGAUGAUGACGAGGACUGCUGCUACGACGAAGAUGACUCGGGAACCGAGGAGUCCUGACGACCCACCAUCGCCUCACUACCCCUUCCUCUCCCCUGUCACCACCCCCUUAAACUGAACUCAUACUCCAACCCCCCCCACCCCCCCACAGCAGUGCAGCCACACCUGCACGCUAAACCCAGAUGCAUUUUGAAAGAAAGCUAUAGAUUUAGUUUGUCCAUUUUGUUUCUGGUGUUUUUAUUUUCCUGUCUGUGGAGUGUUAGAGCUAAUGCUAGCUCUACAAAUGAUUCCCAUGGUUUGCUCUCAAUGACCGCUUGCUUUUUAAAGUUUUGGGUAAGGGCUCGGUCUCCUGUAGAGUGUGUAUCCAGACACCGAGGCAGUGUCGAGAGAGAGGCCUGAGAUAGUAGUGUUCAUCUGAACUUGGUGACCUCUCACCUGGUUGACAGCCUUGUGAUGCCGGCCAGCCUGCCUAUCACAUGAAGCUUUCUGAGGUUAAGGGGACCCCUGACAUUUCACUAUUGGGUCUGGGGUUGCUCACAACUGUCUGCCACUGUCUACCUAGCUCCAGGGUCUAGUUUUACUGUAUGAAUUGGUGGUUUGUAAUGAUAAGGGCGUACUGCAGACAGUUGAUGUUCUGAUGCUGGUGUACUCUUUUUGGAGACCUCAUACAUUUUAGUCAUUUAGCAGACACUUAUCCACUGUUUUAUUUAACUAGGCAAGUCCGUUUGGAACACAUUCUUAUUUACAAUGACGGCCUAGGAACAGUGGGUUAACUGCCUUGUUCAGGGCCACUGAUCACUUAAAGAUGGGAGUUGAGGAAUAAUUGUCUCAAUGUGUGUAUAUGCAUGUUUGGGUGGUGGGUCAUUAUUUUAUUCAAAUGUAGUGCAGGAAUGCUUUGCUACGAGAAAAUGUUUGCAUUAACUCAACAUCAGUCCCUAUGGCAAGUCUGUAACAGUGAUGUCUUGCACAUAAGUGAUUUUGAAUUAGCUGAUUUGCUUAAACUCCUCAGUCACUUUACCAAACAUAUGUCUGUAGAAGUGCUCGCAACGGAAGUGGCUCCAUCACACAGGAUUUGACACAUUAAAUACAAACUAUUUAACAGUAUUUAACACAACCCCACGUUUGUGUUGCUUCAGUAUUGUGUAAAUGCUCAUUCAUCGUUACGCCUUGACUAUUUCAUGGGACGUUUGAGAGAAGGGCAUUUCCCAUCGUAAGAAUGCUAGGGAUGUUGAGUUUUAGGUCAUACAGCCAUCCCACUAGCAUGCCAGUGUCCGGCUCGGUAUAAGGCUGUAGGAAGACACUUGAUUCCCAUAUACUCCGUUAUAACUAAGUUGAGUGGGCUUCUUUUGAUGUCUUCUACUUCAAAAUGAGUAAGGUGAGAGCAACUGUUUUUUUCCCCUUACAUGUACUUAGUGAUCUGAUUCUUGAGCUUUUGUUUUAAACACCAUAUCAUGGGGGUUAUUCAUUAGACUUAGUAGUACUUUUACCACCAUUUUAUAGUUUUUCAAUUCAGAAACAUUUAGGUAUUCUACUGUAUUUUUCCAAUAGAGGACAAUAGGUGAUUUACCGGGGAAGAAAUGUACUCUUUGUGUUAACAUCUUGAGUAUAAAGCAUGUAUACAUCUAUCUAAUCAGGAAUUCUUAACUGUUUUUACAUUCUACAUAUGGCUGUUGCGUUUCGUGAACAAACCCCCAUUUUGUUCUAAGGAAGUGGGAUUUCAUUUUGUGAAGUUGCCAUUUUCAUCAUCUACUGUGUGUUUCCUCCCAAUGUGCUACCUUCCUUCCCAUUCAUACAGACUUUCUUUUUGAUCGUCGCAUCACAGAGGGACCCCCGACGUUAGUAAGGAAAACAAAACCACAAACUUUUUCACAUCGAAGUGAAUCUCACCACAGCCUCUCACUGUGUGUGGACAACUGUCCCCCCCCCCCCCCCCCCAACCUAUCACCUCUGCUUCAAAGACUGGAUACAAUCUGGAUAUUUUGACCAUCACUUGUUUUAUUUUUUCUUGUUUGUUUUUAAUUUUAUUUUUUGGUUUGUAAAUCUAUUUAAAACCAAAAUAAAGAUCUUUCUUAGAG